CAGUUGCUCAAUUUGCAUAAUCUUCACACGAUUACCCGUAGUGAAGAGUGAAGAUUAAGAACUGGGGCGGUAAACACGGCACUGUUUAAAAAAAAGGUUUCAUGCGCACUCCAUCCGCUUUGAAAACAUCUCUCUAUUUUAUAAAUAAUAAUAAAUCCGUUCGUUUUAUUAUUGUACAUGUUUUGAGUGUUGUUUUAUGUUUAUUCGGUUCGGAUUUCUUGUUAAUGUGGAUAAACAAAAACAAAGGGAAGUGGAUUAUGUUUACGGUAUCCGGAAAGUGAUUUGGAAUUGAAGGAUUUUCCGAAAGAGGAUAUUGUUAUACGUCACCAUGAACGAGAUGCCGGAAGCGCUCAAUUUUACCGGAAAUGGAAGGUCCGGACUUCACCAGUCACAUAUCAUGCAAACUGACAUCUCAAUCGAACUCAACAAAAUAAAGCUGGAACCAGAUCUGCAUCAAAGUUAUCCACUUCCAACCAUGUCUUCAUCUUUAGCACUUCAAACACAUGCAAUAGUCCAGAACACCAGCUACAACAGCCUAGCCAUGUCUCCAAACAACUCAAUGAAUAGAUCAUCCAACGCCUCCACCCUCACUUCCAUAGAAUCCACUGAAGAACAAACAAGGGCGCCAAGCACCAACUCCAGCCAAUCGCCUCAACCGUCUCAGCCUUCUUCUUCGACGACCUCCACAACCACCAACAACCAAGGCAAACCUCCAUUUUCCUACGUGGCCCUUAUAACCAUGGCAAUCCAAUCCUCCGACAACAAAAGAGCUACCCUAUCAGAAAUAUAUGCCUACAUCACCUCCAACUUUCCAUAUUACGAGCGUAACAAGAAGGGCUGGCAGAAUUCCAUACGCCACAACUUGAGCCUCAACGAGUGCUUCAUCAAGGUACCAAGGGAAGGUGGAGGUGAGAGGAAGGGUAACUAUUGGACUUUAGACCCCCGGUGUGAGGAUAUGUUCGAACAUGGUAACUAUAGGAGAAGGAGGAGGAUGAAGAGGCCCUACCCAUCACCACAUCCAUACCCUAAACCCUUCUUUGGUGAUGCUAUCGGCCAGCAUGGUCUUCCUUUGGCUAGGAACAUCUUCACGCCCCCAACAUACCCCACGUACACACGAUAUGAUCCAGCAGCUUGGUUGGGACAAACUCAACUGGCCACUUAUACAGGGUGUAACACCACGUAUCCCCAGCAAGGUUAUCCUUCUCCUGCAGCCUUCAGUCCGUGUAGCGUUAGGCAAGAAUCAACACCAAGAUACGCAACAUAUUGGCCGCCAGAGAGUGAAUAUCCUCCAAACCCCCAUAGCUCGCCACCUACAGACUCUCAGCUUCUGCUGCAAUGGUGACCUAUUCGGUUUAAGAACGUUGAUACAGAUUUUUCUGAAGUGAAAGUCCGGUUUUUUAAUCAGUGAGCAGAGAAAAUAUCAUAUCCAUAACUGAUUCUCGAGGACUGAAGAUUUGGAAAUGAAGAUGUCGCUCUAAUUUUUCUAUUUUCCUUUGUCGUAUAUGUCAUGUAGGUUAUUGAAAAAACAUACGUGAAAUAAGAGGAAUUUUUACCAGU